UGUGGCUGUGGACCACCAGACCACAGUGCCUGCCUGUGGAAGUGGAGUGUAGGUCUCAGUGAUGCGACAGCAAUCGUCGCCUGUGCACGUUUGUUGACUAACUAAACGACAAAUCGCUGGACUUUGUUUUGGGUCUCGGAGUGCGUUAGGAAAUUGCUGUUACAAAGAACGUCACAAUGUGGCUGUUCUACGGCAUCUUGUGUGCGUACUUCUUCUCUCAUGUUUCCGCCCACACGUUACAUUUCGGGCGCACCUGCCCAAACGUCCAGCCAUUCCCGAACCUCGCCGUCGACAAGAUUCUAGGCUCCUGGUACGUGUUGUAUAAAACGGACACCGACAACAACUGCCUGGUAUGGAAUCUGACUCGAGGAGCAAUUCCAGACUCGUUACAGGUGACAGAAUCCAGACAGCUUUCUGUCCUGGAUGUGUUCCGAGUCGAUCACACCCACGCCCUCACUGCCAGGAUUGACAUUCCGAAUCCCGAAGUCCCAGGAAAGAUGCGCAUUAGAUGGCCCACAUCUUUAACGGGAAAGGCAGAUUUCAUUGUAUUUGACACCGACUACGAAACAUAUGUGGCUAUCUUUGAAUGCGACCGAGCUGGCUUCCUUCACAGGCGCUCAACAGCGAUUCUGUCAAAAACUCAGGACGUUGAUGAAAACAUCGUGAAAAGGGUGCGUCGCCUUUUAGAAACUGCUGAUGUUGGCCACUAUUAUCUGAGCGAAAUUAGCCAUGAGACUUGUCGUGUUUCAGGGAAAACCAACUGGCACAUUGACAGAGAAUUUUUUGGAGUGGCACCUGGUGAAGAUGUAGCCGAAGUCAUGACCCCGAACAAGGAAAUAGAUCAAGAUUACGAUAUCACUCAGUUGGAGAUUAUUGAGGAAGAGGCUAAUCCACAGUACAAUUUUAGAGGAAGUCUGAGAGAUAGUAGGCCAGAUAUAUAGAUAUUGUGAUUAUUACACUUAAGUUUUAUGUAAUAUAAUCUUUACAAUUCCUUC